AUGACCAUACCAAGGCUGCUGCUACUUUCAUCGUGUCUUGUUUUCGUUACUUCUUCGUCUUUCCAAAAUGUCUCAUUGAAAUGUUUAGAGGACACAAUGGAUUUUCUGUUGGACCUGAAUUCCAAAGAGCCCAAAACCUAUGCCAUUUUGAGUAAGCAUAUGAGGUUUUUAUAUUUGUUGUACAUAUUAUCUGUUAGAACCUAUAGAAUUUAAUGACACAUAGAAGACAUGUCUACAUGUGCAGGAUAAUGUCUACCCUGAUUAAGUGAUAUUUGUGCUUUUGUGUUUAUUUUUGUAAAAUUAAUUUAAAAUGUUUUUUUUUAUAGUAAUUGUUACAAUUUGAAGGUCUACUCACCAUGCCUAGGAAUUUUCUCAAAAUAUUUUUUUUUUUUUAAGCCCCUAUAUUUGGAAAACUAAGGUUAAGAAUUACUAAAGUUUAUAAAAUCUACACUGCCAAAUCCACUCUGCCUGUUUUGGUAAAAGAUUUGGUAAAAGCAGUCUUUGGUUGACCUUCACCCUACUGUUUUUUAAUUACCCGCAUAGUGUAAUCUCAAUCAUUAUUCAAGAUGUGUUUGUUUUUUGUUUGUUUUUUUGCAACAGGCUAAUAAGGCAUAUUUACAUUAGUGACAUUUGAUGUUUGCUUUUUUUUGUGUCUAUGUUCCUGCUAUUCAAUAUGAUGAUGAUAAUGAACCUUCUAACAGUUCUGAAAUGUAGAGAUGACCGUGUUUAUAUAAUGCCACUAAGUUCUUUUACACGCACUGUAUUCUAAAAACCUAGUAUACGUGCAGUACCAAGUCUUUGUUAAAUACUAUUGUUAGAUACUGGGUAUAUUUCAUAAUGAAAUGCAAGUGUGUGUCCUUCCAGAAAUAAAAAAGGAUUGAUGACAUGAGGUGCUUGUUAGAAAACCAGAGAUCAGAUCUAUACAUGUCAUCUUGACUCUCCCCUAAACUAAGCCAUUAAUAUAUGGGGUCAAGACUAACUGACAUAUAUUGGUAAUAGGUUCUUAAAGACUAUUUAGAAAGAAAAACUUAUGAUGGGAAAUUAGAGAAACACUCAAAACACUUAGCUUCUGCUUGUCCCAUUUGUAUUAUUUUAUGAAAGUGCCGAUUUAAAAACAAAAGUGCCAAUUUCAAAAUUACUGUGCAUUCACCCUGUGUCCCCAAAGCUUCUCUAUACGAAGAAUUGGAUUGACCAAUUUACUAGUUUUGACAAAAAUGGUGUGGGGUCCGAAUCUAAACAAACAAAGGAACACCGCAGUGUCAGAAAUAAAUGUAUUUAUGUGUAAUGUGGUGGUGUCACUUUAAAGGGUUUUUUUCUGCAAGGGAGAAACUGUUAUGUCUGUUACCAGCGUGCAGUGCGCGCUGAUGACAGACGGAAUUUAUGCACAGAACUGACAUGUAGGCUGCCUUAGUCACAUGUGCUGGGGGUGCAACUUGCCCCAGCACACAAUUAAAUCAUCUCUGGACGUGCAGUGUUUCAAGAUGAAGUACUGCACAUGCAGACUCCCACCACCAUGACCGCUUCAAAAGGCAGAAGUGGUCAUGGUGGUUGGAUUAACCCUUUAAGCAUGUAGAACAGCCAACAUAUUAAGGAUUUUCAAUUACAUAUUGCUCAAUUACAUAAUAAGUUUUUUAUAGGCUAAAGAAUGAUCUGUCUUUUCUAAAUAAAAAUUAAGAAAAUGAAUAGACCACAAAGUAGAGUUACUGAUAAAUAUAUAUAUAUAUAUAUGGUCUGCUUAUUAGAUUGCUUUCUAUGGCAAUAUGUUAAUAGCUUCCAAUGGUUCAUAAAAAUCUAACCACCUAUUGAAACCACCUCUUUUAUCUUGUGCAAUGGGUCACUAAUAGCAAGUCUUAGUUGGAAUAUUACCUUAAAUGUUACCCUUGAAGUGCCAUGUCCAUUUGAAUCCAAUUAUCGUGGAGGUGGUUCUGUGGAUUAAAGAGCACAGAGUGAGCACUAAAGUGCAUGUCGCAACAAAUUUAGUUUGUUUUAGAAGUGUUACUAAUACCAAGCCUGCCUCAGUACCUUUUUGGCUUUUCUUUUUAUAUACCGUAUACAUAAUCUAGUGCCUCAAAUGCCAUUGUAUGUAACACAAAUUAUUUAUAAAUCUAAUAGUAUAAGUGAAGUCAAUAGGACAUAAAAUACAAGUUAUGUGCAGUUCAGAUAACCUUAAAGGUAUUUUCUACCCUCAAAAAAACUUCACCUCAAUGAUGGAGUCCCUGGGCACUAUCUUAUCUUAAAGUGUAAACCAUUGUCCAACAGUUUAGCUCCAAAGUUGGCUACCUGGACAUCCAUACAAUCUGCCUCCUCUGUUUGGCCACCGUACUGUGCAGAAGAGGAAUUGUUGCAGUCGGUAUCAUGAUGGGCUGAUAGCUUCAACUGAUAUUCUCAGCCUAUCAAUGGCCACCCAAUGCAAGUAACAGUACAUACACAGCAUUGGAAUAAAGUUUUAUGGCUUUGUUUAAUGAUUUAAAAAGAAGAAUAUAGUGUCUGUGUUCCCGAAAGACUAAUAAACACAUCUGAUUGAAAUGUGUGUGUGUAUCUGUUUAUAUAUAAUGUAAAUAGGUUGCUCUAAAGCAUGGGUAGUUAACCUGGUCCCUACCGCACACCAGUGGGCGGUGGUGCAGAAAACACCCAGUGGGCCUCGAUGGCCCUCGAUGGCCAUGUACCAAGGCUGACAAGGGAAAUCAUUUCAUCUCCCCUGCUGGCCAAUGCAUAGCCAGCCUUGCUGUAAGCCCUCUUGGGCUGGUGAGGAGAUCAAAUAUCUCCCUCACCGGUCCGUUGGCACUUAGUUUAAGCAGACGGAGGGAAGGGCCUGGGAGGCUCUGUGUUGUUCCUGCGAGCAGGCAUGUUGGAGCUUUGUCGCGUGUUACCAUGGCAAUGCUCCGAUACGGUGCUGUGCUCGCAGGAGGACAGGAGAAUCAGCCUGCAGCUGGAGGAGCUGCAGGCUAAAGUGAACAUGCCACCACUGGACAACCAGGGCUUGUAGCAUUAUGUUCCCCCUCCCUGGUAAAAGGUAAGAAGAAAGCAGAAGGAGACAUUAAGAUAGAUUUUCACAUCUCACCCACCUUCACACGGCAUAGACCCUAUGCAUCUUCACACACAGACUGCUCCCAUCACACAUAUUACCCCCUCACACACUACACCCCUCACACACACUGCCCCCCCACACACACACACAGCACCCUUCACACACACACACUGCCUCCCACACACACACACUGCCCCCUCACACACACUACACCCCUCGCACUGCACCCUUCACACACGUACAGCACCCCUCACACAUACAGAACCCUUCACACUCACACUGCACCUCUUACAAACACACACACACACACAGCACCCUUCAUACACCUACAGCACCCCUCGCACACACACUGCUCCCCUUACACACACAAUGCCCCCUCACAUACACACACACAGCAUCCUUCACACACACACAUAAAAAAGUAGAAUAGAAAAUAGAAAAAAAGGAAAAAGAAGUAGAUAAAUUUAAGUACUGUGUGUUGUGACACUUUUCUAUGAUGGCCAUAAUUAAGUUUUUCAGCAAUUUGAGCUACAGUAGCUCUUCUGUGUGAGAUCAGAACAAUAAGCUUUGGACGCAAACAUUCCUGUAUUGUUCCUGCACCUCUAUUGUUUGGUACUAACUACUGAGUACCAGUAACACCCCACAAUACUUGCUGUAUUGGAGAUGCUCUGACCCAGUCAUCUAUCCAUCGCUAUUUGGCCCUUGUCAAAGUUACUCAGAUCUUUUCUCUUGCUAAUCUUUCCUGCUUCCAAAACAUCCUCUUUUUGCUAUCAUCCACCCACAUUUGUCUAGUCAGAAUGACAUUCUGAUAUCCUUGCUGUAUGUCCUAGUUAGGUGGCUCAUUCUUGGCAUACAGCUUGAUGUUGUCCAUGACGAGUAGGUGACUGAUGGUAGCUCCACUGUUGAACCUGUAUCUAUAUACGCCUGUGCAGAGCAGCAUUUGUGAUAUUGCAUCACCUUGGUAUAUGCCCCAUUUGAUGUUUAUUUAUUAUUGUCCUGGAAUUGACUUCUAGAGUUGUUUUGCACUUGCCCAUCGAGUCACAUCUCAAUAAUAUGAGAGUAACAUGAACCAAGAAGUCUACUGGACUAAUAUGGCUAAUCCAAUCUACACUAUAUAUAUAUGUUUUGAAUGAAAUGUAAAUUUAUGACAUGCUAAAAAAUGUCGGCUCUACAUUAAGAGGUUUCAUUAGGACAGCAAAUGUGCAAUCUGCUAUUUUUCUUUAUAUAUAUAUAUAUACACAUACACACACACACACACACACACACAUACCUUUUUUAAAAAAGAAAAUAUUUAUUAUUAUUUAUUAUUUUUUUUAGCAAUGGACCCAUGGACCAAGAAAAGACACAGCUUCUAAUGAAUUUACACUGCUACCUUACAAAUGAUCUGUGAUAAAUAAUGCCACCACAGAUUUUUUUUUCUCCCGAAUUGAGCGAGCGAGUCACAUCAUGCCAUUCUUCUUUUUUCUUUCUUUAUCUUUUUAUUUGACAUUUUAAAUUUUGUAUGACCAAUAUUUAUCAAUAUGAGGCUGAGGAGCAUAGUGAUUUCUGUACUCCUAGUUUUUCAGCCGAAAGCAGCUCUUUGUUAUACUUGGUAGCAAAGGUCAAGAAAUCCUGACCUCAAAUUUGCAAGUACAUUUUUAUCUUUUCUUUUAUUAGUUCCAUUUACUGAGUCAAUCGACUAAAGUUUGAGUUCCAUAACUGGUUGGUAGAAAACUAACAAUGAAAUCUCUUAACCAUUUAACUGACCACUUAUGCUUUUAGAAGGAAUCUUGGUGGUAGGACUCUGUAUGUGCAGCGUUUCUGCUUGAAAUGCUGCACAUCAGUGGCGUACAUACCAGGGUCGCGGCUGCGACCGGGCCCGGCCCACCAGGGGGCCCGGCCGCCCCUGCGACCCGGUAUGUACCCACAGGGCCAGCCUCUUCUCCUGGGGGGCCCAGGAGCUGGCCACCUCAGGGCCCCCCUGAGGCUGGCCCUGCUGACACCCGGCAGGCAGGCGGGAGGGCGUGCGAGGAAGCACUCAGAGCAGAGUGCUCCCUCGCGCGCCGGCCGCCCAGGAGCCCAGCAGCACCACUGGACCCCAGGGAAUCCCCCCAGCACUCCAAAAGGUAAGGAGGCUGGGGGGAUUAAAUUUUAAAAAAAAAAUGUGUUUGUGUGUUAGUGUUUGUGUGUUAGUGUGUGUGUGUUAGUGUGUGUGUGUUAGUGUGUGUGUUAGUGUGUGUGUAUGUUAGUGUGUUUGUGUGUGUUAGUGUGUUAGAGUGUGGGUGUGUGUGUGUUAGUGUGUGUGUUUGUUUGUGUUAGUGUGUGUGUUAGUGUGUGUGUCAGUGAGUGUGUCUGUUAUUGGGUGUGUGUCUGCUAGUGAGUGUGUUACUGUGUGUAUCUGUUACUGAGUGUGUUUGAUGUCUGUUAGUGAGUGUGUGUUUGUCAGUGAAAGUGUAUGUUUUGUAAGUGAGUGUGUAUGUAUGUCUAUCGCUGAGUGUGUCUCUGUCAGUAAAUGUGUGUGUCUGUUAGCUAGUGUGUAUGCGUCUGUUCGUGAGAGUUUGUGUGUCUUCAGCAUUUACCUUUCACCAGCGUCGGACUCCCUUGGCGCUGGGGAUCCCUCCGCCUCUCCGCUCCGAAUGCACAUGCGGGGCAAGAGGCGCACGCACAUUUAAACUGCCCAUAGGAAAGCAUUACUCAAUGCUUUCCUAUGGACAUUCAGUGUCUUCUCACUGUGAUUUUCACAGUGAGAAUCGCGGAAGCUGCUCUAGCAGCUGUCAAUGAGACAGCCACCAGAGGUUGGAUUAACCCUCAGUGAAACAUAGCCGUUUCUCUGAAACUGCUAUGUUUUCAGCUGCAGGGUUAAAACUAGAGGAACCUGGCACCCAGACCACUUCAUUGAGCUGAUGUGAUAUGGGUGUCUGUAGUGGUCCUUUAAGAGUGUGUGCAUACCGCGGUCACCUGCCGCCAUGUGUUGCGGCCCCAACCCGCACCAAGUAAGCAGGGGGGGGGGGCCCACGGAUCAAUUUUCGCACCGGGGCCCCAUGGGUCAUGUGUACGCCACUGCUGCACAUACAUAGAUAUUAGCACAUAUGACUUUGGCAGCCUGGAAAUCUAUUCCAGGCUGCCAAAUGUCUGUUCUGUGCAAAAAUCUAUCCGUCGCCAUUGCACUGUGGCUAAGGUGCACUGUGCACAGAGCUUGCAGGAGGAAGCUUGACUGCAGCCCUCCCUGCCACUCUUUUUUUUCCCCCACGUCCAUCCUUUCCUCUCUUGCACCCCACUUCCUCUCCCCCCUACCCACUCCCAGGCCCUUGUGGGAAUGAAAGGGUUAAACACUUUAAACACUUCCCUUAUCCAGAGCCGAGGUCUCUUAGUGUUGGCUCAGUUUCCGCCUCCUCCAACAGAAGUGCAAGGGAAGACCUAAUGAGUCUUGGAUGCUGCGCGAGCAUUAGACUUUCCCCAUAGGAAAGAAUUGACUCAAUGCUUUCCUAUAGAGUUUUGCAAUGUCCUGGCAUUCAUAUGCAAAGCAUUCGGAUGUCCAACUAGGAAGAUCCUCUAGUGGCUGUCUUAAACCUUUAAUGUAAUUAUUGCAAGGGACUGGUACACUGCACCCAGACCACUUUAAUGAGAUGAAGUGGUCUGGGUGAAGAUAGUGACCCUUUCAGUUUUUCCUCUGCUUUAACAGAGUAAUAUUAUGCUGCAUUGUAAUAAAUAUUUCCUUUUAACUUGACUGCAUUUCAUACAGUACUUGGAAAAUAGUACUGCAAUGAUUGGAUUCCUGGUGCCACCUGUUGGUGAAAAAGCAAAAUCUAAACCACUAAAAUUUAGUGAAUUAACCAGCGAGACGAACCUUGUCUCUUCCCCUUUGGGAACGAACCCUGUGAGCCCAUUGAAAAUGAACUGUAGGGCAUUGUGACAUUUACCUAACCCCCAUAACCCCCUCCCUUUUUUCAUUUAUGUACCCUGAAAACAAUAAAAAUUGUCAAAUUGAAUUUUUUUUUAUUUUUUUUAGCGAAUUAAAUGGACAGUGCACAUUUGGGAGAUGCGUUUAAAUGGUACUAUUUCUAACAGCAAACAUGAUGCAUUUAGUCUUAUUUUGCAUUACGCCUAUAUGGUAUGGAUAAAGUUCCCUUAAGGAGUCGUUACAUAAAAGAACAAAUAAACAAAUAAAUCAAAAUGCCAAAACUGAAACAUUUUAGGUUCCCAAAUGAAAUAGCAACUUUUCAUAAAGUACAUAUAAUUCAGAAUGGUGGAGACGUGUAAAGCAAUAUAAUCUGCACUAUUAUUUUGCUAAAAGGAUUCUUAAGCAAUAUAUAUACAUAUAUAACAUUUCUAUUAUUGGACCAAAUAGAUAUUGUUUACAGAUGUGUCACAAUUGCUUUACUUUCCAUGCAGAAACUCUUUCCUUUUUUUUCUCUUUUUUUUAUCAACGACCCCAACUUCUCUGUACAUAGUAGGGCUGGCAAGGGGUGGAGUGGCAGAACAUUGUCACCCUGGACACAAGGAAACAGAAGUUGUGGUGUGCAGCCUUCCACCAUUUUAAAGGGAAACUUCACUGCCCAAAUCCAAAAGUAUACAAAUCUCUGUUUAGUAGAUAUAUCCUCACUGAAUGUAUGCAUUCAUUAUUAUUUUUUUCAAUGGAGGUAUAUUUGAAAACAGUUUGCACAAACGGUAGUUCUCUCUUCCCAUCCGACCCCUCUUCAAUAAAGAAUUAAAAAAGAAACUCAGUAGUUCUCUUAUUUGCUGCAUUUGCAAGUCCUCCCCUUCUAAGCCCGCCCAGACCUUCUGUGGCUGUCCAAUCACAGAUUUACCAAUACAGCUCAAUGAGAAGACUUCGCAAGGCAGGUGCUCUGGGUCAAUUACUCGCCUUGUGAGUUUAGCUCUACUAUACUUAAAAAACAGGACGAUGUUGCUGGAUUAACAGCCAGGGAGUGUGUAACAAGGUUAAUUUACAAAAAUGUCAAUUGACAUUGAAAUCUUUUGUAAAAUGAAUAAGAGGACACACUCUUGAAACAUAGGUCACUUCAGCAAGCUAAAGUGCUUUAAGGGUGUGGAGCGUGCCUUUAAAAUAGUGAGAGCUGGAAUGUCUAAUGGCACAGUGGGACCUGUUCUAUUCCAAAAAUAAGAUUGUUGCAUGUAGAGUUGACGUGGGUCGUGGUUGGAUUGUUACCAGUUUAUGUCUUAUGUCACUGGAGGUGUUUACAAGUGACUACAGGACAAAAUGAGACAUUCAUGAUGCUUGUCAGUAACUGAGAUAUGUGAGUAUUCAUUUUGAAAAAAUACUAAAUUAUUUUUGCCUACCAAGUCCAGAUCAAGCACAUAUCUCAGGAAACACUUUAGUGCUCAUAUCCCACUGUGUGAUUAUAAAUUAUCUAAACCUAAAGUGCACUUACGAAAUAAGCCUUUGUAAGAGAAAUAAUGUGUGCACAGAGAUUACGGGGGGGGGGGAAAACGUAGAACCAUUUUAAUACAUUUUGGAUUUUGUUACAGGGCUCCUUGGAGGUAUUCUUACAUGUUGCACCUCUUUUAAAUUCUAGCAGUGUUUAACCAACAGGGACUCAAGCAAAAAAAGAACAAUUUUAAAUCGCAAAUUCCAAAUAUUACCAUUUAACGUAAAGUACAAAAAUUGAGGACAACCCAAACCAUUAAAGGUUAAUAUAAUAAAACAUGGUUCUCGCUGUGAUAUAGCCUCCUUCGUCGCGUGGAGAUGAACGGCUUCAAAAUUAGAUUACAUUUAUUUAUUAAGAACACAUAAUAAUAUCAUACUGUCAACAACUGUCACCUCAACACUAUUUAAUAGUGAUCAUUUCAUCAGGUUUUAAAAAUAAAAUAGAUUAUUUGGUAAAUGAAAUACAUGUAAAAAAAAUUGAAAAACACAUACCUCCCUUCAAUAUGUGACAGGAUCCUUCCAUCAUAUACAUGCUAUAUCCGUGCACAUUAUAGUUAGGUUUUUUUUUAAUUACUUGAAUAAAAACUUACUUGAUGAAAGGAAUAUUACAUUAAAAUAUAAUUGUGAGGUGAAAGUUCUCCUUUAAAUAUCCUCAAAAUCUUCUUGUGAUAGAAGCUCUAUAUCAUGGACCUUUGGCGAGACUUGAAGGCCAACCUCUUGCCCACAGACUAUGGACCUGGUCCCAAAAGCCCCUGAAAGGGGCUUGUGAUGGUAGCAAUCGAAAAACAAACUAUUUAGUAUUACUUAAUAACUCUACAGCACCCUUUGCUGGCUGAAUGGAAGUGUACAUUUACAUAAUGCUGAUAUGCAUAUUAGGACAACCAAAAAUGUAGUUAAAUGCAUAUAUAGUUUCUUUUUAUUGUGUAUGAAAAUGUUGAAUUAUUUAGUUCAUGAAUUAGUUAUAUUUGCUCAUUCUUCAAUGUUCUAUAUAUUUGUAUUUUAAAUGUUUGUCACCACAUAUUUAAGGACUAGGCCCGAAAGGCUAGACUUUGUACAAAAUAAAUAAAUAUAUGUUCGUUCUUUUUGUUUUGAAUAUUUUUAUUGUUAUCACAACAUAUAUGCAGGUAGCAACUUUGUUUGUAAUAAAGCAAAUGGUCGCCCACGCAGGGGCGUAAGCAUCAGUACGUGUUUGCAUUUCGUCACCUACGCAGAGGCUGGUUGGUCAUUGCAUGUGUGAUAUAGCAGAUAUAUUCAUAUUCGGUUGCUUGCAUUUUACAUGUGUAGGACUUGUAGUGCACAUUUAUUGCGGUUAAACAGACGAGUAUGGUUUUGAGUGCUUCUGCCUUGUGCAUAUGAAUUUUUGUGCCUGUGAGUCCUGUGACUUUUUGCUGGUGUGUUGCAUCGUAUCUAAACCAGGGUUGCAGUAGCAGUGCAUGAAUUGUAUCUUGCUUCUCUGCUGGUAGUAUUUGAAUUGUUGGCAUUCUAUUUGUGCCUCUGCUGUGGGGCAUAUAUCUGACAUUUAACCUUGUCCUGCUUUGCUCUGAUACAUGUGACUGUAAACUACUUGUGCAUCUAAGUAUCUGUUGCAUUAUGUAGCUAGAUGUUUCGAGGAUGUGCUUGUCUAUCUGUUCACUGUAUUUGUGCUCGUAAUAAGUGUGGCUAAUAGGUAUACUGAGCUGGGUUGCGCCAGUGUGUGGUAUAGAUUACAUCAAUGGUUUGUGUGUACUAGGUGUUGGGUAUCCCUUGGUUCUGGAGAGUAGUUGCGAUACUAUGAUGAGGCUCGCCCACUAGUGUAUUUAAUUCGGUUCCCGUGUAGUUUUUCUGUUUGGCUGUAUUGGUGUUGUCUUCUGAUGGGUUCUCGAUGUGUGGUGUCUGUUGUUUUAUCCGUUUGGAUCUGGUUCUGGUUUUGAGGGUCGUGGUUGGAUUGUUAGUUCUUUUUGGAACUGUGUUCUGUGUCUAAUUUGAUCAGGGAUCUUGGUAUCAGAGUCUUGGACCUGUUGGCUGGCUGCAUGGUCCCUUUAGCAUGGGACAAAGUCAAUGGAGCUAGGCCUGACAGCCACAAGUGCCUUUAUAAAAACAGGAAGGAGAGCUAUAGAGGAAUAGGCAAAGGGGACGAUACCUGGCUGGAAGGAGAGAGCUGCAUCCUUGUUGGGUGGAGAGCUCUGGGAGACUCCUGUCAGGCUUUGGUGACUGGGUCUGAAGUGUUCCAGAGUCUCCUGUGGCAGCAAGAAUGCGGACUUGGCAGAGAUACUCGGCCAAAGUAUGGGAGCUCCAUCACAUGUCUUAUCUCACAGGAUGAGAUAACAUAAAAACAACAAUAUGAUCAGCAAUUCCUGAUUGUUAUGUUGCUUUUAGUUUUGGUACAAAAAAUUUAAACAAUUGUGAGGUAACAUUUAAUGUCCCUCUGCAGCAUUUCAUAUUGAAUAUUAGUUCAUAUUUUGUCCAUAGAACAAAAUCUACAUGAGGUUGUGAUAUUUUGUUUCUAUUGUGAAUGAUGGGGUUAUAAACCAACACUUACAGAAGAUAUGAACAUGUUAAUCUAUAAACAUAUAUUUCCCUUUUCCCUGUUGGUAGCAGCUAGUGCUUUCUUUUUUAAUCUAGUUUCAUCAACAGAAGGAAGAGUUUCUCUGCACAGCAGCUGACAGUGAAUAGCAAGAAUUCCUGAUUAUUUAUGGAAAUUGUGAAACAUGUACAAUUGUACAAACUGUGCCCACAUUGUCAAUAUAGAUAGUGGGAACUAUAUGCAGAAAGUUUGGUAUUAGUUUGGUGACCCAACUUAAAAGGACACUCCACUGCCCAAAUACAAAUUAAUUAAAAAAUCGCUGUUUAGUAUAUAUACAAUAAAUGAAAACAUGCAUGCAUUUAAUUAUGCAUUUUUUCAUUGGAGUUAUAUCUGAAAACAGCAUGCAAAAACUGCAGAUCUUUUGUCUGCUGCCUGUGCAAGCCCUCCCCUUCUAACCCUGCCCAGACUUUCUGUGACUGUCCAAUCACAGACUUCCCAAUGCUGUUUAAUGAGAGGUCUUUGCAAGGCAGAUGCUCUGGGCAAUUGCUGCCUGUUGAGUUCAAUGCAAAUAGGCUAACCAAACCAGGGAGUAACAGGAUUUGCUGUCUGCUUUAAUAAGGAAAAUUUAUAAAAGUGUCAACUUCUAUUGACAUCUGUACUAUUUCCAAAAUGAAAAAAGAGGACACAAUCUUCAGACAUAAAGCUUUUCAGCAAGCUAAAGUGCUUUAGGGGUCUGGAGAGUUCCUUAAAAGGGCAACUGUCUCUUCUCCAGAUUUUUAAUAUUAUGUUAAUUUAUCCCUAUAUUUAACAAAUAUGUAUUUAUAAGGUGUAAAAAAGAAAAAUAACUGUACAAAUCCCCACCUUUUUAUCCUGCAAUGGGGCAAUCCAUCUUAGCACUUGGUGAGGGUUUAUUUAAAAAAUACAAUAAUGGCAGAUUAAGGGUAUAGGGAGGUAGGGAGGCAUUGGAUGAAAGAGGUAGGGAAAGCGCGAGAGAGGGAGGGGAGUUGAGCGUAUAACCUUGAUGUGCUCGCUGAUGACAAGCAUAGAUCUUGCACAGAAUUCACAUUAGGUAGCUUUCAACAGAGGUUAAACUACAUAAGUUGUGUGCUGGGAAUGCAACUAGCUAGCGGCAGAUAAGUGUAAAUAUUUCAGUAUGCACAGUGUUUCAAGUUGAAAAAGACUCCUACCACCACAGCCACUUCUAAACGCAGAAGUGGUCAUGGUGGUUAGAGUAAUCCUUUAACCAAAUGGCAUAUGAUAAUAAAAUAAUUAACAUUAUUAUCACUCCCAUUCUGAAAUUUCAACUAGUUCAUCCAGUUGUUCAGUCUUAUACUUAAAUCUGUUUUUUCUUUUGCAGAAUAAAAUGGAAAUUUUCAGAAUUUAGUUUUUAGAAACAAAAACAACACAAAGUGAAGUUACUCUUAGAAAUUGAAAGUCAUUUUGUUACAUUGUGUGUAAAAGUAUUAUGCUCGAAGUAAAAAUACAUUCAGUAAAAAAUAAACUAGAUUUGCUUUUUAAAAAUCUAUUUUUAAUACAUAUGUUACUACAAGCUAAUUUUACUGUAUAUCCUAUAGUUUUCUAAUAUUUGAGAAACUUAAAGUUGAUAUGAUGAAAAAAAUAACAACAACAAAUUUUCACUGCUGCCAUUGGCUGUGACACAACUGCAAAUAUCUAAUCCCCCCAGAUUUGUAAUGUUCUAUUUGAGAAAGAAAACGACAGCCUUCGUACUGUUGCUUAAAGGACAAGGCUCUGAGAAGAUUUUCCUCUAAGCAGACAUUGCUGUGUUUUGCAGCCACAGAGCAAAUAUGUAAAAUUGAGAAUGAAUAAUCUAGUUGGAUUUGAAGAUCAUGAAUCGAAAUGUUAGAUUUUUAUUAAAAUAUUUGAAAAGGCGCAAGGUGUGAGAUGUCAUUUGGAGAGAUGGUGAAGUACUGAAAUAUAAUUCUAAAUAAUAUAACAAUUUCCGUGUGGAUUUAUUUUUGUUAACUCUUGCUAAGUGGGUGUAAAAUGUUUUGGUCCACAAUUUCAAAUUCAUUGAAAUGAAGUGGCCUGGGUGAAUGUGUGUAGUAUAGAGAGGAGAACAGCUUAAUAGGAGUUAGGUGGGCUUUCCUGAUGGGUGGAGGGAGUAGAGGAAUAAAAUACUAAAUAGAGCUCUACUGGAUCAGGAUCCAAAAGUACCAGACGUUUCUAUACUUUUUUUCCCUUUCUCUUCCUUCAAUUCUUCCUUCAAUUCCGGCCAUUUAAAAAAAAUAAUUGUACAAAUUAUUAUUUAAUUAUCGUCCUUUUCUAGUUAUGCUCUAAAUAUUAGUUCCUGGAUACUAAAUUUCUAGAAGUGGUCUGGGUGCCUAUAGAAUCCUAAAGAAAAAAAAAAAAAGAAACAACGACUGCCCAUUUCAAUCCUGUGGUUGAACAUAAACCUUAUGAAGUAUAAACAUUUUAGAAAAGAAAUAAACAGGAUUGAAAGACAGUAGGAUUAUAUUUGCUAUCUUUAACUAAGGCUGUACACACAUUAUUUUGGGAUUCUCUUGAUAGAAUUGGAAGGAUUGUAUUUGUAUGGGCAUUUGGGUAUAAAGUGGUUAAUUUGAGCUAUUAUAUUCGUUUUCUGUGAUUUUCCUUUCUAUGUAAGCAGAACACUUUCACAUACUUGCUCUAAUGAUGUAUAUAAACAUUUGCAGUUAGUUUAGAGACUACAUGGUCAGUCAGCUCAGUGAAUCUUCUCUAGGUGACUAAGAAUCAGAACUGCCUUAUAAAAAGCCAAAUUUACUUACCUUAUCCCAGCAUCCAAUGUCAACAACAUAUCCCAAUGUCAGCCCACUCCUCUGUCCCGCCAAAAGGGUGCUACUUAUCCUCACUAAUACACAAAUAUGUCCUGUCUAGGCCCCUACGCUCUCCCGGAGACCUACGUCUAACCUCUGUCCAUACUCCAACCUCUGACACUCACCUUAUAGACUUCUCUAGCGCUGCACCGUUCCAAUGGAACACCCUUCCCCUCUCUGUUAGACUUUCACCCAAUCUCCAUUCCUUCAAAAAUAUCUUUGAAAACUUACUCCUUUAGGAAAGCAUGUCAAUUAAACUGUAAACAGCUUUCCCUCCCCGCACCCUGAUUCCUUUCCUGAAACGGUCCUCAAAACAAAACACUAAGCCAACAAUGAAUACUAUCCUUGCAACCUACUUUUCUACCCUACCUUUACCCUUUGUGUCAUUAUACCCCACUCCCUCUAGCAUGUAAGCUCAUUGAGCAGGGCCCUCAACCCCUCUGUUCCUGUGUGUCCAACUCGUCUGGUUACAAAUACAUGUCUGUUAGUCCACCCAUUGUACAGCGCUAUGGAACUUGUUGGUGCUUUAUAAAUAUUCUCAAUCCAUAUGGAUAAUUACUGAAUCUACAAUUGACAUUUAUACUUUUAUAAUUACUCUGCUUUUUGGGUUUGUAACUUUUGCUAAUUUUAAAAAUCAAUAUAUUAAAAAUGUUAUGUGUGAAUUUUCUUUCUUUUCUAUGUUUUUCGAAAACUAUGGUAAUGUAGUUGCUUAUUCUUGUUUUAUAUCAGAAUAGGCCAAUUUCCUACACACAAAAGAUUGAUUGUUAUUAAUAAUUUCUCUCCAAGAUAUUGUAUGGGGCAGGAUGGUGAACCCGUUACAGUGUGAGAGCCUAAUUGACUAUCUGAAAUAAGGUUUUUUUUGUUUUUUUUAUCUGCUGCUACUUUUUUACACUAACCAUUAUUUUUGAACGCAUGCCAUUGCACAGAUUGGUGAUCUCAUUAUACCGCUUUCUUCAUGUUACAGUGUACGAUGCUUUGGGCAAAGUAGGAAGUGCUAUUUUGAAUGGAAACAUGGACAGAAUUGGAUUAUAUAGUGAAUGUGUAUCAGUAACGGCUCCUUCAGGCAACUUCCGAGGGGAAUACUGCAAACUGCAUGUGGAACAGGUACAACGUGUGCUACUUUCUGCUAUUAUGGUAUGAAAUACAAUCUGACAUGACAAAGUUUAGGGGUGCAGCAAACGUGAGGACCUUGUGACUGUUUAUUUGUACUAGAACGCAGGCUUCCUUAGGCAAAAAUGCAAACCCACCCUACUCUGGUACAUAUGUAUGCAUUCUAAUUAUAAAUACCAUGUGGGUGGGUGACUACAAAUGGGGCAUAAACAGGAAUAUUCUGGAUUUUUGAAGAAGUGAACAGAUUUUACAGACAGAUAUAUAAUUAAGUUGAAUUCGACUUGCUUACUAUUGUGGCCUUGUGAUGUUUUUUAAGACUAGUCUGUGCUGUUUGUAUAUGAGAUAGGUAUGGGCAGUGAGAAUGAAUCAGAUAGAAUGAAAGAUGAUGUUGGCAUGAGUGAAGAUGGAAUAGAUGAGUGUGGCUGGUGUGACUCGAUAGAUAUUAUAAGAUGACUUGAAUUGGAAUAUAAUAGUAGGGGACCUUAGCAUGGGUGGUGGUGGGAAAGACAGGAAAGUGGAAGUGGCACAUAAAGGAUAGCAGAUAUCGGUAGGUGGUUGAUAGGAGAUGUUGGCUGGUACUAACAGGAGUGGAGGUGGUAGAUAGAGUGGAGAAAGGAGAUAGAGGAUUUUAAUAUGGGUCAAAGAGAGACAUCAUAGUGACACUAGCAGCUGUGAACCAGUAUGGAUAGCAUUGUCUUUGCGAUGUGUAUGUGUGAAACUGUUAUGAAUGGAUGGUAAAGGUGGAAUAAAUUGGCUAUAGUGCGUAAUGAUUCACCACAUUACCGGUAGUGAUAUGAUAAGGUUGGCACAAACUGGAGUGAGGUGUAUAGAUGAGGGUUUUGCAAAAGUAACAAUCUGGAUAAGUGGGGCAUAAUGAAUUGUAGGAGAUUGAUAUAAUGGUUUCUUUUAUGGUAUAAUGAUAAAUAUAUAUUAUAUAUAUAGUGAUGUAUUGUGUUACUUUAGAUUUCACAAAAUCAAAUAUUGUAUAAUAAUUAAAAUGAUUGUGUACUAGAAAGUAUGUCCCUUUGUUAUAUUUAUCUUAAAGGAAGGAGCUAAAUUUGUUAUUGGAAUAUGUGUGCCAAAUUCCUGCAGCAGUCAUGAGAUAACAUCCCUGACUAAUAUGGGUAAGAUUUCGAUUUAUUUUGGUAUGUAUUAAAGUUGUAGACCCCUUGGUAGUGCUUGUACUAAGUCUAAACUCCAAGCUGCCCUCCUGUACUGGUCUGCUCUGCAUGCCCAUGCGUACAGCAUUGAAGUAUAUGCAGGAUUCCACGAGACCACAGAAUCCUUUAUCGACACUACUGACUGCUGCCAGGAUUGAUACUGUAUCUCUGUCCAGUGUUCCAGAAAAGUCAGGCAGAGGAAAAAUACAUAAGACAAAGUACUCCUUUGGUUUGCUUUCCCAGCGUUUUAGUUAUACUUGGUCUUUAGUGGGCAGAAAACCCAAUUCCUGGACUUGUCAGGUAAGAACAUGUGGACUGUCUACUUUUUGCAUAGAAUUGUUGGCCUCUCAACUGAAUUUGUUCCCAAUAGGUUUUUAACUCCAUAUGAUUUAGAGUUUAGUGAAUAAACUCCAAAAAUCUGAAUUUAUAAUUAUAAUAAUAAUAAUAAUCUAAAUUUUGGUAAAACUCUCUAACAUAUCUAUGUUCCCAUCUUGGCAGUUUUGCCCUAAAUUCAACACAUUUUAGGAACAUAGAAACAUAGAAUGUGAUGGCAGAUAAGAACCAUUUGGCCCAUCUAGUCUGCCCAAUUUUCUAAAUACUUUGCAGUACAAACCAUUAUCUAGAAAUCUAUUCAUAAACAGGGCUAUACAUAGGAAACAAGGUCACGCAUUUAGGCUGGAAGAAAAGAGAUUUCGUCUAAGGCAAAGAAAAUUUUUUUUUACAGUAAGAGCAAUAAGGAUAUGGAAUUCUCUGCCUGAAGAGGUUGUUUUAUCAAAGUUCAUAUAGAUGUUUAAACAUCAGUUGGAUAAAUACUUGCAAAAACAUAACAUACAGGGAUAUAAUUUCUAAUUAGUGGGGUAAUAGCUGCUUGAUCCAAGGAGAUAUCUGACUGCCAUUUUGGGGUCAAGAAGGAAUUUUUUCCUAAUUUGUUGCAAGAUUGAAAGCGCUUCAGACUGGGUAUUUUGCCUUCUUUUGGAUCAACAGCAAAAACAUAUGUGAGGAAGGAUGAACUUGAUGGACGCAAGUCUCUUUUCAGCUAUGUAACUAUGUAACUUAGUCCCUGGCCUUAUCUUAUAGUUAGGAUAGCCUUAUGCCUAUCCCACACAUGCUUAAACUCCUUCACUGUGUUAACCUCUACCACUUCAGCUGGAAGGCUAUUCCAUGUAUCCACUACCCUCUCAGUAAAGUAAUACUUCCUGAUAUUAUUUUUAAACCUUUGCCCCUCUAAUUUAAGACUAUGUCCUCUUGUUGUGGUAGUUUUUCUUUUAAAUAUAGUUUCCUCCUUUACUGUGUUGAUUUCCUUUAUGUAUUUAAAUGUUUCAAUCAUAGCCCCCCGUCUCGUCUUUCAAGCUAUACAUGUUAAGAUCUUUUAACCUUUCCUGGUAAGUUUUAUCCUGCAAUCCAUGAACCAGUUUAUAAUCUUACUCAAUUCACUUUUAAAAUAAAUAAGACAUUUUGGGUUCUCUAAGACAUUGAUAUAUAUUAAAUAUUAAGACUUCCUAUACUAAAAUAAAGUUUUAAUAUUAAUGUUAUAAAUCUUAACAUAAAUGUAAUCUUUUUUUCAACAGAUAUUUUGAAAUACAGUGAUGUCUCAUUUUUGCCUCCUUUACCAAAUUUUCUGCUCCAGAAUGAUAGUUCUCUCACCGUGGCAAGCACUGUGUGUUCUGCAGGGCUUUUUCCCAUGGAUUCAUUCACAAUUGUCUGCAUGUAAGUAUACAUAGUAACAUGAGAAAAAAUGCUGUUGAUUCAAACACUGAAUAAAUAAAAAAGUUUGCAUAAUGGGAUGGGACUAGCAUACCUUCCUACUUUGGGAGGUAUGGAAUUGGGAAGGGUGGGUGGUCUUCAUGGGGGCCAUUGAAGCAACUUUUGUCUUUGGUGACACUCAUCAUUGGCAGGCAGCCUACCCGGAAAGUGGGCCCACUGUAUGUCAGCCAGGCAUCAAGCACACCAGCUGGCCCCCUACAUACAGGACGAUGCAGUGAGAGCUGCUGAUGCACUCUCUUCAUAGUCCUAGGUGUCAACAUGUCUAAUGACUUACUCACGCUGUGCAGGGAAAAGUUCCCCCACAGAUGCGGGAGACAAAUUAAAUCAGGACAGCAGGACUGAACCCCAAAAUUGCCACUGCCCUCUCAAGAGUGGGCGAGUUGGAAAGACAUGACUAUAUAUGUAUAUACCCAACAAUUAUAUUAAAUCUUGAUGUUUUUUGCUGGGACCCAGGGCCGGUGCAAGGAUUUUUGGGUACCCGGCCGAACUGACAGGGAGUGCUCUCUCACUAAGCACCUCCUGUCAGUUUGGCCGGGUACAGGAAACAGAAGCUCCUGUACUGCGCUCCGCUCCGCCACGCUACACUCAGUGGUGUAUACACACUGACAGUCACACACUCAAUGACAAACACACAGACAGACACAGACUCAUUGAUCUGACACACACUCAUUCAUUGACACACACACUGAUAGACACACACUGAUUGAAACUCAUUGACAGACACACUGAUAGUCACACACAGACUCAAUGACAAACAAACUCUCACUGAUUUGACAGACAAUCACAUACACACUCAUACACUGACAAACACACUCAUCAUACACUGACAGACACACUCAUACACUCACAUGCACACACACUCAUACAAUCACUCACAGACACACACACACUCACACAUACACACUCACACACACACACUGUCACUGACAGACACACACACUCACACAUACACACUCAGUCACUCACAGACACACACACUCAGUCACUCACAGACACACACUCAGUCACUCACAGACACACACUCAGUCACUCAGAGACACACACAUACACACUCAGAGACACACACAUACACACUCACAGAGACACACACACACUCAGUCACUCACAGACACACACACUGUCACUCACAGACACACACAUACACACUCAGAGACACACACACACUCGGUCACUCACAGACACAUAUCACAUACAUUCACUAAUUAUUAUUUUUAUAAAUAAGCAUUUUCCACCCAGCAUUCCCUACCUGGAGAGCUGGUGUGGAUGAUGGAUCAUUCCCUGGGGUCCAGUGGGGCUGAUGGGCGGCGUGCGGCAGUGGUAUGAUCAGAGGCGGCGAGGGAGCUCUAAUCUCCACGCUCUGCUCCCUCGCGGACUGUCUACUGAUGCCGGGAGACGGAAUAUGACGUCUUAUUCCGGCUCCUGCGGCAUCAGCAAACGGCGCGCGAGGGAGCAGAGCAUAGACAUAUUAUACAUAGACGCCGCAUUGACUUCUGAGGGGCGAGAAAUGCAGGCGCCAUUUUGGUUAUAGCAUUCCUUACUUUCUACACCUCAGUUCAGCACUUUCAUUCACAGAGGAUCCGUGGCUACUAAACUGUUGUAACACCCACUGACUUAUAAAGCAGGCAAGCUGACCACCAUAUUCCUCCUGCAAGCAUGCAGAGUAUGGUGUAAUGAUCCACCACAGCCAGGCUCAGCACUCACAGCCAGGCUCAGCACUGACACCAAGUAUGGUGUAAUGACCCAUCACAUCCAGGCUCAGCCCUUACAGCCAGGCUCAGCACUCACAGCCAGGCACAGCCAAAAUAAAUAAACGGGAAAGUUAAAAUACGGCAAACCUAUAUGUCUAUGGUGUUCUGUAUUCUAGCGGGUGACCGACCCAAGAUGGCGGCCCCACGGCUCAUUAGCGCCAAUAGGAAGUAGCAGUCAAUGCGACGUCUAGGUAUUAUAUGUCUAUGGAGCAGAGCGUGGAGAUUAGAGCUCCCUCAUCCCCUCUGAUCAUACCACUGCCGCACAUCGCGCCGGGGUUCCAGAAGGUGGCCUGGCAGGAGGGAGAGCUUCACUCCUGCCGGACACUGAAAUCUUGCGCCCCCAGAGCCGGUGGGCCCUAAGGCGGCCGCCUGUGCCGUCUUAUGGACGCGCCGGCCCUGCUGGGACCUGCUGAACUAUACUUAGUUAAUUAACACUUUUUGAAGCUUCACACAACUUUAAAAAAAAGAAUACAUAUUAAGAAUGAACUAAAAAAAAAAACAAACAGUCAUAUAUCGAUAAACAUUUACACAAUCAAGACUCUUUUCAGGAAAGCCUACUCAAACCAUAACAAUCUGUUUUGUUUUCCCUGCAGAUGUAUCAGUGGUGUCCUAAUCAUCCUUCCCAUCUUUGGAUCAAUUUACGUUGGAGUUUUUCAGUUUACAGUUAAUUCAUCUUUAGAACGAUUGAAGAUUGUCCCUCGAAAAAGAAAACAAGGAGUGAAUUCAGAGCAUGAUAAACUUGCAGUAAAAUCGUCUUUACCCUUGGCAGAGAAUGAUAACAGUGAAAAGGCAAAAAGUAAAUUUCAACUUCAUUCUUGCAUGUCCUUUUUGGUCUCUUUUUUUUUUUUGGAAUACAUUAAAAUAAUGAAUCUGCGUUAUGACUUUUCCAGGGAGUGCACUGUCAACUAUUUUACUUUUCACUGGUCUGUGAAAUUUAGAAGGAUCUGUAACUUCAGAUUGGGCAAUUGUAAAACAAUCACAUGGAUCCCAAACUGUACGAGGGACUUUCCAGAGGGAAUGAACUAUGUAAAUGAAGGAUAUAAAACAGAGUCUAUUUGUUUUGUGUUUAUUUUUUAACAUCUGCUUUUCUAAAUAUGGGAAAAGGGAGAAAAUAUCAAAAUAUCCGCACACCGCCAGGACAGACUUGGUAUACCCAGAACAGACUUGGACAGUGUUAUAAGUUCACAAUCAUAAUUAAAAUAGAUUAAUUAAACAUAUUAAGCAAAAAAAAAAAAAAAAAAAAAAGAUUAGUAUUAAUAUAUUAUUUAGCCUGCAGUGCGUUUAGUUUAAAAUCGAUCUGAGACAUAUGGGAACGUUUUGACUAAUUCUGCUCAGAUGAUAUGCAAAUACUUGUUAGUCGUGUGUCUUGACCAUAGUACAAUGUUCAUUCCUUAGCACCAGCCCCCUCCAUUUAUUCUUCAUCAGAUCACAAGACGAAAAGAACAAAUUGUAAACAAAACAAAGGCACUAAAGCAAUGGAGAUAAUGUGAAAUGACGCACAGUUUGCAAACAAACAUCUUCAUUUUCUUGUCUGCCAACAUGACAAUAUAUCCUACAUUGGUUACACGUGUGUCAGUACUACCAUGUCUGCUCAAAGCCAACAAGUCAGAGCCUACCUCCUUCUUUUCAGGUCAAAAGGUAUCUGGCAUUUGAGUAACCCAUCUAUGUUCAAACUUGUGGAAUGGUUUAGAGUAUAUAUUAGAGUUGUAAUUCACUUGAUUUUUGUGUAAAGGCAUUCUAAACUCCCUGCUGUUGUGGUAUUGUUCCUGGAAACCCCUGGCUCUGUUCCCAGGUGUAUGGGAUCUUCCUGGUCUUCUCAACAUUGCUAAAAUAUGCUUUUUUUCCUUUAGCUAUGGCACCAUUUUUACACCAUUCAUUGGUUGGGAGCUUAAGUUGUCACUCUUGGCCAAUGAAUGAUGAGAAAAGUUGGACAGAGAUUAAAAAACAGUUUAACUCCUUACCAGAGAAUGGUGGCAGGGGGCGCUACAGCAACGCUUAGAUUGCCCCUUUUUAGUGAGAAUUAUCACUUUUCAGUUCUGCAAACACAUCUAAGCAUUCAGAUUUUUCUAACACACAAUUUUUAAAGAUUGUUUAGAUCGUCUUAUGAAGUGCUUUUCCUUACAAGAAAAUAUUCCUGCCGUGUUGUCAUUUCAAGCCAGUAACAGAGAAUAUCGUUCCCUGGACGGAAUUAGAGUUCUCAGCCUCUUGUGGAUCGUUUCCGGGCACAAUGGUCAACUGGCAUUUGUCUUUAAUAUGGGUAUGUCGUUUUUCACCAUUUUAAAAUGUAAGAGAUGAUUUUAGAGCAUGGGAGACAAGUUUAAUGCUAAGAUAUCUGUCUGUCAGUGUAUUUAUCUUUUAUCCAUCUGUUUGUCUAUUAAUUAAUUAUCAUGUAUGCCACAAAAUGAACCUACUCACUAUUGUCCUUGUAAGUUCUCAUUGCAUCCAUAUCAACCUCAUCCCUAGUUCAUCUCAGCUUUGUCCUGUUUAUCUUAGCCUUGUCCUUGUCCAUCUCAUAUGUCCUUCACAAGCCUCUGAAACGUGCGGUUACCCUUACACAUAGGAAAAAGGAUACCCACAGGUUUCCAGCCAUGUGGCCGCAUGGAGCAGUUGGGCCUUGAAGCUAGGGUGGCGUCAAACUGACUGACCUUAGCAGUCAAGAACACAAAUAAGAGGUUUGUGUCACUGUUACUGUAUGGACUCUUGUCUGCCUAGGCUCGUUUCACUCCCCACUGUUGUGUACGAUUUGUCCAGUUUGUGCAAAAGUGGUGGAUUGCUAUGGCGGUCACUGAACACAGCAUGGCCUGUUUAUUAACUAUAUGUAAACAUGUAGUAGCCACUACAUGGUUGCUAUCAGUUUAUUGAGCCAUUGAAGUCCAUGUCUGUUAAAAUAUGUUUUAAUAAUUGUAAGCAAGCAAGCAACAUCUUAAAUCUACAAUUCAUUUUUGAGACAAUGAAUUUGGAUAACAUCACAAUUACUAUUUACAUCUAGAUUACCAUGUAUUCAUGGAAUUUUGGAUAUCUGUAUCAAACAUAUUUUCAGAAGUUACAAAAAAAUCUAAAUUAAAUUAUUACAAAUUGAGUCCAACUCUAACAUUGCGCAUCAUUCAGCUUUAUCCUUGAAAGCUUUUUUAUUUGUGCCCUUUGAGAAAUAAACGAUGACUCGAAGCACCAUCACCAUUUCAUUAAUUUUAAGUAGUCAUGUGGCCUGGAAUCCAGCAGUGUUUCACUUUGAAACGCUGUUCAUACAUAGAUUAACCACUUCACCUCAAACACCUGGAUAAUACCAAUUCUGUACCAAAACUGUCAUCUGUACUCAUCUCAGUCUGUCCUCCAUGCCCUCCCUCUUCCUCUGGUGAAGGGUAGUGAUGUCAGGCAAGGAGGAUCGGGUUGAUGGGAGAACUUGGGCUCAAUGAUGCAAAUUAUUUAUUUUAUUUUAAUUUAUGGGGGAGGGGUGAACCACCUCAAAAAGGUAAAAAUACUUUUUUUUUGGCUGGAGUAACUCUUUAAAUAUUUAAUUAUAUCUAAAUUAGAAAAGAGCUAAUUUCAGGUGAAAAUGUGGUCCUGACAAACUAGUUACCCAUUCUCUGAUCCAUCACAUCAUCUGCCUUGGUCUGAUUUAAUUUCUGCUAAUUCCUUUUUUGCCUUUAUUCUUUCCUUGCAGAUAAUUCUUUUGAAUGGAAAGCUAGAGUUUUAGAAAAGCCGUUGUAUAUCUACGCACUGAGUGGACCAGUGUAUUUAGGUGUGGAUUCUUUUUUCUUAUUAAGGUAAAGAAAAGUUAAUGAAUUUCUAAUUAAUAUUUAUACUCACAGAAUAGGCUACACAAUGUUGUUUUAAUUAAGGGUUGACUAAAUCCACAAAAUAGGGCACAAAUGAGUGAGCAGUGAUUGAGUAUAAAUCUUCUUCUGGUGAUGAGACUGACAGUGUGGUAUUCUUACAUUGGAGUUUGUUACUCCUUUGCCAGUCAAAUAUGUAUGCUGUAGCGGAUUCAGAAGGUCUAGUCCAAGGCUUGGGAUCCAGACCUAUUCCGCCCAGCGUACGGCCCUUCUCUUAGGGGGAAAUAUAGCAGAGAGCCAGCCUUUGUUUUACAGUAAUACCCAGCUAGUAGUGUCAAGGAUCUUCCAGACAGCAGAUGUCCCUCCACAGAUAUCAGCCAGACACUUGAUAAAGUGGGGAACAGUAAUGUACGCUUCAUUUAGACAUGGUUUUUAUACUUUUUUUUUGUAAAGUAAACAUAAGUCAACCAAUAGCAGUAUUGACUUGGGGUAGCAACCAAUCACACUACAUACCUUAAUUAAUUGACUGUUAAAGUGAAUUGAGCACUGUGUUGACAAGGAAGGGUAGGGACAGAAAAUAACAAGGACUGUAGACUACAUGGGAGACUUCAAGGGAUAUUGCAAUUCAGUGCAUAUAAAUGCAGGCGAUAUUGGCGCCUGCAUAAAAAUGUAAGAGUAUAAAAUGUAAGAGUAAAUUGUGUUUCUAUUAACACAGCAUUCUACGGCAGGGGAAAGGGAUGCCCAGUUUACACUCGAUAGAUAGAAAUCUCCCUGCAGCCUGUGCCACUAUUUCUGGAAACAUUUACCAAGUGGCAGAAAUUUGUGCCAAACUUCUGAUUAGCUCAUACACUUUCCUGAACAUUUGCUCAUAGAUUUUCACUGAACAUGCUAUAGCUAUAUGCUAUAUACAUACAAUAGACAUUUUACCCAUACGGUUACUUUUAACAUUUGUAAAGCUAAUGCUAAACAUUCACAAUUAGAUUUACAGUGACUAUUCUACUGGAGACUUGCUCAUAAUGUUCUCACAUAGACUUGCAUUGAAUGUUCUUCCAUUGACUAAGAUUGGGUAAUUAUUGCAUUAAAAGCGUACCUAUACACUUUUAGUGAACUUUUGUAAGGCUCUUACCUUGAUGGUGAGUCCGACAUGCAGAGUUAAAGCUCCCCUUGCAAUUAUACACAAGCCAAGGGGACUCAAGGCAGAAAUCCCCAACGCUGUGAACCAGUGCACUGGGGCUGAUAACAACCAGUGCUUCCAGGAGCGAGAUACAGACAAGGAGAAUCCAAAGGAGUAGUCAGGGACAGGCAGCAAACAGGCGUAAACGAAGGACGAGCAUAAGAUCAAUAUCAGGAGUCAGAGGAACAACAGGAAUACCCAAACAGGAACAACGAUCUGACAAAGAUCACUAGCCAAGGCGGGGUUUAUAAAGGCUGGAAUCAGCAGACAUCAGGAACAGGUGAGCAAGUCCAGGAGUGCAGAUUCAGGCUACUGGAUACAAGGAACAAGCAGUGUUAGCCAAAGAUAUGUGGAGCCAAGGAUAAGGUCACUGGCUGGAAUUCAGGAGACUCAGGUUCAAACCCAGCCAGGACCAAACCCACAAAUUUUGUGGAGGGCACGAUGACAGUCGUGACAACUUUCACCUAAAUUCAUGCAAUUAACUUUUAUCUAUAAGCUUAAAAUUAACAUCUGCCCCUAGACCUACAAUUAACAUUUGCUCAUAUGACAAAAAGAACAUUUACCACCAUGAGUUUACUGAAAUUCACUAUCAUUCUUCACACGUAAGCCUUACUCGGGGGCAUACACUUGGGAUUUAAGCCAAAAGGAGACAUUCAGAACUAAGUAUCUGGUUUUAUAUUAAUUUUGCUUUUCUUUGUGUAUACCGUGCUAGUUAGACUACAAAUCAUGCCAUAAACUGCCCUCUCUCAUGAAAGUCUUUAUAGCCAGUUGAAGAAAAGACAUUUAAAAAGGUAAUCUAAUUGGAAAGACAUUUUGAAUGCAACUGAUCUACACCAUUUAAUAAUGGCUCGCAUAAUUUCUGACAUUCGCUUGGGUUUUUUGUGCGACCCUGUUCUGCAUUAAUUUAUGUACAGUUCAAAUCAGUCCCUUAAGAUGAAGUUUUAAUGUUCUCUGAUUUUAUUUCGGUUUUAUGAUGGUUAGUAACAGACAUAUACUUCAAUCAAGACAUAAUCAAGCUUAUCUAAAUGAAAGUUUUGUAAUCAUAAAAUCUGUGCAAAAUUUGGAUAAGUAGUAAUGUGACACAAAAAAUGAAAAAAACAUGCCUUGUGUUGAUUAUUUAUAAAGUUACAAAGAGGGAAAAUCAAAGUGUUAGUCCAAUUGUUCUCAAAUUACUGGAUUGUUUCUGCUUGUCAUCCCAUGUUCAGAAAAAACAUUUUUAAAAAUUGAUAUUAUCUGCUUUUUUGACCACAAUACAUUCAGGCUUCUUUUAUUCUUCAACUGCUUUACUUCAUGUAGACCUUUCUCAUUCCAACCUUAAUUUCUUCUUGAUGUGAAUACGGAAACACCCACAGUCUAUUAAACAAAAAACUAGAAGACACACCAUGGUUGAGUUUACCACAUAAUUGUUUAAAGGAUCACUAUAGUGUCUGGAAAACAAACCCGUUUUCCCGACACUAUGUCAUCCUUGGGGGGACCCUCACCCUCAGUUUCUCUGAAACUGCUAUGUUUACAUGUGAAGGGUUAAAACCUGAGGGACCUGGCACCCAGACCACUUCAUUGAGCUGAAGUGGUCUGGGUGACUACAGUGUCCCUUUAACAUAACAAAUUUAAAGUUGAUUUCCAAUGCAGUUAACUUGGAGUAUUGCUGUUUAAUACCAUUGUUAUACUUGCUUCAGGACACUGUAGUAAGGAGAAAAGAGACCUAAAUACAAAUAAUGGACAAUAGGAGAGGAGAAUUAUUUCCCAAUGCGACAACUUAGAUCCAAUUAGAUAAGAGGUUAUAUAGCACAGAUGGUUGAGCCAAGACACGUAUAUUCUUUACUUAAAGAGGUUUGUUACCUGAACAUUAAAAUAGGGAAACAUUUCCAAUUAAUUGCAACAUUCCAAAAUGAGUUGGGACAAUUUUUCAACUCUACUGUGACCUCAUGUUUCCAAUUCAUCUGUCAAAUUGCCGUAAUUAUUGCAUUGCAUUUGUUUUUUCUAUCUGAUUUUUAUUAAACUGAUACAUUUGAAAUUUCAUCUUCUAAUUCUCCAAUACACUCCAAAAUUUUAUUUUAGUAUAAAAGAGGUGAAGAUCUCAUAUGCAACAAUAACCUACUGCCAAGAUAAUUUCCCCACUAAUAGACCAGGAUAGGUAGAAAAGUGGUUUUGGUUGAGGGUGUUCAGUGUUUUAUUUUUAUUGCUAUAAAUAAACUGUAGGCACGAUGCAUGGCAUUUGUCUAGAAUAGAUGGUCUUUAUGAAUGAACCAAUUAAAUCCAGACCCCUAUCUUAUUUAUCACUUUCAAUGUUUUAGUUGUUGGGAGUCUUCUUUUAACCCCUCAACCUUUCUCGGAGUCCGGUUUUAACUGCCAGGUUUGACAUUUGUAAUUGCUUCAGUCUUUCAGAUUAACAGAGGAAAUUGGAAUUGAAUGUGUCUUGUUAUUGGGUAAGAAGUGAUUAUUAACUAUUUGAUAAUAUCUAGCCCAAAAUGCCAGCUGUCACUCUAAUGGGGUCAGAGAGUCAGCCAGUAAGGUAAAUAGGUUUGACUAUUCUUAAAAAAGGACAAUUUAAUUGCUGUUCUCAAAACUCAUUGGCCAGAACAAAAAAGUAUUCAAGAUGGCAUUUUGAUAAAUCAGAUAGACAGGUGACAAAAAGCUAAUAUAGUCCUAGAGUACACUAAUUAAACUCAGGUAGCAUAAAUCUGAUUUCAUUAUUAUCUGUCUACCGCAGCAGAAGUAGAAUGAUUCAGAUGUUAUUUAUUACGGCAUUUAGAUAAUAUUAUCUUGGUGUUACAGCUUAUCUAUGUAUAGAGGAGCUUUGCAACUUGGUGAUGCUUCUAAACUAUGUCUAUUUACUGUGGGUCAGAAAGUAACCUAGUACGCCAUCUGCUAGAGUAUCUAUGUUAAGUUUGUAUGUCUAAAAUAUGUGCAAGAAUGUAUCUAUGCAUGUGUGCAUGACUGCAUGUACACGCAUUAGUGUGUAUAAUAUGUGGUUCUGUAACUGUCUAUGUAAGGUAUUACUGGAGAUGUGCGAAUGUGACUAGGCAUGUAAUAUGUGUAUGUAUGCAGUUAAAGACAUUCUCAGUAACACACACAUGCACAUAUACAAAUAUAUGUAUGUCUGCAUAAAAAUGAGAGUGUGUAAAAUCAAGGAUCGUAACCAGUUAAAGGUCAGAAAUAAAAUAAUUAUAUCGUAACAAUCUAUCCUAUAAAGAACUUAUCUAACAUUUGAAUGUCCCAAUAAUUUUAAAGGAAUAUUAUAGCGUUAGGAAUACAAACAUGUAUUUCCAACGCUAUAGUGUCCUGUUACAUACAGUAUCUCACAAAAGUGAGUACACCCCUCACAUUUUUGUAAAUAUUUUAUUAUAUCUUUUCAUGUGACAACACCGAAGAAAUGGCACUUUGCUACAAUGUAAAGUGGUAAGUGUACAGCCUGUAUAACAAUGUAAAUUUGCUGUCCACUCAAAAUAACUCAACACACAGCCAUUAUUGUCUAAACUGUUGGCAACAUAAGUGAAUACACCCCUAAGUAGAAAUGACCAAAUUGGGCCCAAUUAGCCAUUUUCCCUCCCCAGUGUCAUGUGACUCGUUAGUGUUACAAGGACUCAGGUGUGAAUAGGGAGCAGGUGUGUUAAAUUUGGUGUUAUUGCUCUCACACUCUUUCAUACUGGUCACUGGAAGUUCAACAUGGCACCUCAUGGCAAAGAAUUCUCUGAGGAUCUGAAAAGAAGAAUUGUUGCUCUACAUAAAGAUGGCCUAGGCUAUAAGAAGAUUUCCAAGACCCUGAAACUGAGCUGAAGCACAGUGGGCAAGACCAUACAGCAGUUUAUCAGGACAGGUUCCACUCAGAACAGGCCUCGCAAUGGUCGACCAAAGAAGUUGAGUGCACAUGCUCAGCAUCAUCCAGAGGUUGUCUUUGGGAAAUAGACGUAUGAGUUCUGCCAGCAUUGCUGCACAGGUUGAAGGGGUGGGGGUGAGGGCUCCGUCUGUGAGUGCUUAGACCAUACGCCACACACUGCAUCAAACUGGUGUGCAUAGAUGUCGUCCCAGAAGGAAGCCUCUUCUAAAGGUGAUGCAUAAGAAAGUCCGCAUACAGUUUGCUGAAGACAAGCAGACUAAGGACAUGGAUUACUGGAAUCAUGUCCUGUGGUCCGCUGAGACCAAGAUGAAUGUAUUUGGUUCAGAUGGUGUCAAGCAUGUGUGGCGGCAACCAGGUGAGGAGUACAAAGACAAGUGUGUCUUGCCAACAGUCAAGCAUGGUGGUGGGAGUGUCAUGGUCUGGGCCUGCAUGAGUGCUGCCGGCACUGGGGAGCUACAGUUCAUUGAGGGAACCAUGAAUGCCAACAUGUACUGUGACAUACUGAAGCAGAGCAUGAUCCCCUCCCUUCAGAGACUGGGCUGCAGGGAAGUAUUCCAACAUGAUAACGACCCCAAACACACCUCCAAGAUGACCACUGCCUUGCUAAAGAAGCUGAAGGUAAAGGUAAUGGAUUGGCCAAGCAUGUCUCCAGACCUAAACCCUAUUAGGCAUCUGUGGGGCAUCCUCAAACGGAAGGUGGGGGAGCGCAAGGUCUCUAACAUCCACCAGCUCUGUGAUGUCGUCAUGGAGGAGUGAGUGGAAGAGGACUCCAGUGGCAACCUGCAAAGCUGAAGGUAAAGGUAAUGGACUGGCCAAGCAUGUCUCCAGACCUAAUCCCUAUUAAGCAUCUGUGGGGCAUCCUCAAACGGAAGGUGGGGGAGCGCAACGUCUCUAGCAUCCACCAGCUCUGUGAUGUCGUCAUGGAGGAGUGAGUGGAAGAGGACUCCAGUGGCAACCUGCAAAGCUCUGGUGAACUCCAUGCCCAUGAGGGUUAAGGCAGUGCUGAAAAAAAAUGGUCGCCACAAAAAAUAUUGACACUUUAGGCCCAAUUUAGACAUUUCCACUUAGGGGUGUAAUCACUUUUGUUGCCAACGGUUUAGACAUUAAUGGCUGUGUGUUGAGUUAUUUUGAGGGGACAGCAAAUUUACACAGUUAUACAGGCUGUACACUUACUACUUUACAUUGUAGCAGAGUGUCAUUUCUUCAGUGUUGCCACAUGAGAAGAUAAAAUAAAAUAUUUACAAAAACGUGAGGGUUGUACUCUCUUUUGUGAGAUACUGUAUGUAGAUGUCCCGUGUGAAGGUUUGAUGAGUUUGAAGGGUAGUGUGCACAUGCAUGGCGAAGUUUAGUUUCAUCAAUCAAAUGCUGCUAUAGGACCAGCAUGUGAUCGAUAAGUAUGUUUUACCAGAUGCAUUUUAAAUCUGCAAUCUAUCAACAGCAUGUCAAUAUUUGACAUUGCAGGGUUGAACAAACGGAUACUUGAGAUGAAGUAGUUUGGGUGGUUUUAGUGUCCCUUUCACUGUAAUAGGGCUGUAAGGAGCUACCUAUAUAUGAUAAGUAGGACAUUCCAUGCUCACAUAAAGUCCAAGGACAAGAUUGUCACGAUGGGAUGAAACAUCACUGGUUCUUGAAGGAGCCUAAGGUUAUUAUAGUAAGUAAGUAAUAGGGAGAACUACCUCUUCGAUAAUCACAAGUCAAUAUUGAUGUCCCUUAAAUUUCAGCUAAAAAAAUGUUUGAAACGUCAAAAUUCAGUGUUGUCCUUUAUUGUGUCAUCACAUCAGUCAACAAGACACCACCACUAAAAUGUCCUAGCAACACUCAUGAUGAUUGAAUGUAUGCUUACAGCACCAGACAAUCUUUAAAAUGUGUUCUCAUUUUUAAUAUAUAAUUUUGUUUAUAUAUAAAUAUAUAUCCUAGCUCUGAGCUUAUGUGCCUGCUGCUGCUUUAACUUUUGAUACCACAUAACUGUAAAAAAUAUAUAUGAUUGUUUCGACUGUCUACUAGAAUUGAUCUAUACUACUCAGGCAGUGUGAAUGUUCAGUGUUGUUAAACAUUAUCACUUUUUCUUCCUUGUUUCCAUGAAAACUCAAUAAAAAUAGUUUUUAAAACAAAGUAUAGCUGUAACCUUUCCAGAUAUAUGAAAAAAAAUCCUUCUAGAGUGCCAAAAUGUUUCUAACGGGCAGAUAAAUUCUGUUGGGAAACCUCAGAACAUUGCCGUUAUCUUGUUCUGCAAAGUAUGUGUGAUGCACUACUCUUAAAUGAAUGCAUCAAAGAGCUCUGUCUUGUGAGAUGGAUAGUUGUAGGUGACACUUGCAAAGUAGUUUACAACAUAUAAAUGUUCCACAUAUAAAAACAUGGUCUACCAAAGCUUACCACAAUAGAUGCAUCAUCUACAGGAUCCUCGCUUUUGAGGCAAAGGGAUGUUCUCCCCAUUACGCCUCUAGUUUAUGAAUCUUGUUACUAGGCAUCUAGAAAAUACACCAGAACAUUUUUAUGAUACUGGUAAAAAAUAAGUGUGCAUUUACUUUCUAAAUUAUUUGCUCAGUGCUACAAAUACAAGAACAAUAACAUAUUUAAUUUUCACUUGGCUGGUUAUAGGGUUAUUAAUGAAUUAUGUGGUUACUUGGGUGGGAUAAGAUCACUCGUAUAUCGAAAGCUAAUCAGAUGGUUAUCAAAUAUCUAGUCCUAUACAUCAUCCAUAAGAAAUAGACCUCCUAAUGGUGUGAAGUUUGAAACCCAUGAUGGGACGUUUAGUUCGCUGCCACUGGAUUGCUGGGAAAGGUUGGCAUGAAAACAAUGAUACAUAUCUUGGAGUUUCAAAGACUACCUGAAGUUGACAAGAGUUGAAUUCCAUAGCACUGUACUUAAUAAUUUAAUCUUAUUUCUCCUUUUUUUUCUUGUAGUGGAUUUUUGAGUGCUAUAUCAUUUUUAAAACUAAUGGAGAAUUCUGAACAUUUAACUCCAGCGACAGUAAUGAAGUAUAUCUACAAAAGAAUAAUAAGGUGAGAAAUGUGUUAAAUAAAAGUUUAUGCAAUUCAGCAGCAAUUAUUGUUUUCUUUAUCAAUUUAUAUUUACUUAAUGCUCUGAUUUUUUUAAAGGGGAACUACAGUAAGACAUUGUAAAUGAAAAUGUCAACAUCUUAGAAAUUCUUGAAGUUUGAUUAUAGAAGCAUUAAUGUACUUAGAUGUGACAAUGAAUGUGUAAAUGUGCUUGCUUUAUUUAAAAUAUUAGACCAUACACUGAUCAACCACAAGAGUAAAGUCACCUGCCUAAUACUGUGUAGGUUCCCCUGGUGCUGCCGAAACAGCUCUGAUUUGUCAAAGCAUGGACUCCACAAGACCUCUGAAUGUGACCUGUGGUAUCUGGCACCAAGACACCUUGACAGAUGCCAUUGUAAUGAUAUAAUAAAUAAUAUUCAUUUCAAUUUCACCCAUUAGUGGUUUUAAUGUUGUGGCUGAUCAGUGCAUAGAGAGACAGUAAAGUUUUUUUGUAAGUGACAUAUCUCUACAUAGUUCAUGCUUCCCCUACAGAUAGCCAUAUCUUGUUUUUUAGGCUCCAGCCUCUUCACUUGGCUUCCGUUUGUCUUUCCAUCGGACUGAUCUCGUUAGUUAAUUGGGGAUCUUUCUGGGAACUUCCCAAACAUCAGUGGGAUAACUGCCGGAGUGUCUGGUGGUCAAACAUUUUGCUGAUAACCAACUAUGUAUCUGUUGCAGAAUCUGUAAGUAAAUUCUCUGUGCAUUUUUGGGAAGUGGUUUUUACUGAUGUAUAUUUUUGAACAUACAUAUACAUAUAAAAUGCAAUAAAAACUUAGGGGUUGAUUUCUAUUACAUGUUAAGAACAAUAUAACUCCUAUGAGGUCUGAAAAUGAUGUGCAAGUCACCACUUCCAGUGUCCGUUUUCUCUUGGGGUAAAUGCUGGGUUAGAGCAAUGCAGAGAAAUGCGUUGGUUUAAGUGGUGAGUCAUGGCUGCAGACAGUCAAGAACAUUGUCACAAUUUGCAACCAUAGCAAGUCAGAGCAAGACCCAUGAAACUGACAGGCAGCAUUAAAAUAUAUAAAUAAAUUAAGGAAUACAGAUGACAUGUCUAAAAAACUUGAAGGGAGAUUUACCCAAGCACAAACAGUUGCUAUUUUGUGGCAAAGUCCCAAAUAAACAGCAAUCACCAUGGAAACCAAUAGAUUGUCUCUCGUCAGUUAGUAAUUUUCACCACAAAUAUCACCUGUUUAACCUUGACAAUUCUCCCCUUUUAAUAUGUAAAUUUUUUAUAUAACAAAAGUGAAGAAACAAAUCCUGCAUAAAAAAAAAAAAAUAUGGAAUAGUAAAACUAGGUUUAUUUAUUUUUAGAGAUAUUAACAUAACGAUAGUAAACCUAGAUGUAUAUAGAUACUAAGGUAACAGGACUCAAAACUUCACUCUAUGCAAGAUAGCAUUGUCAGAAUGUUACAAUCGUAUUGAAAUACCACUAGUUGGCUCUUGCGCUUUAACAUUCUUUUCAUCUGAGCCUCAUCUUAUACAGAAACCCAGAGAGAGUAAUCCUGGCUGACAUACAUUAUUGUCAUAUAUUUCAGUGCAGCGGCUGGGCCUGGUAUCUCUCAAACGAUUUCCAGUUCCAUCUUACGACCCCUUUUUUAAUCUUUCUCUAUGUCAAGUAAGUAUUUCCAAAGGCCUGUGUAAUUGUUAUUUUCUCUACUGCUCUUUUUUUUAGGGAAAAAUUGUGUUUUGUUCCCUAGUGAUGGCAGAUAUUAACAGUAUACAUCAUAAAACAGAGGAACUCACAAACAAAUGGUUACCACUAUUUCAUUCUUUACAUUGUCUUUAAAUUGUGUGUGUGAUUAUUUCCCCGUUGUACAAGAAAGCAGACAAAACUGGUAACUAGGACCAAGAUGAGAAACUGUAGCGUAGUUAACCAUUUGACGAUGUACACUGCAUCGUUCUGUGUUAAACAUCCAUCUGACAUUUAAAUAAUAUAUACAAUAUAGUGUAAAACUGUAUAAUGUGCAUUGUUCAUAGAUACUUUUACUUAAUUGAGACAUAAUAAAAUGCCAUGUGUGAAAAAAAAUAUUUGAUUUACAAGCAACUUUCUUUUAAAUUGUCCUCCCAUUAAAAAAAAAAAAUUAUCAGAAAAGCAGACCAAUAAGGAAAAAAGGAACAGACAGGAAAAAACAAAAAAACGUAACAACGCUUAGAUUCCCAUAUAGUUUAUUGUUGAUAAGUCCUACUGGAUCAUAUUGAUUGGAGAUCGAGUACAUUUAAAUUCUUACAUGUGACAGUAAAAUGAAAAACAUUAUACCAUAUUUAUUUAUUUAUUUAUUUAUAAAAUAUUUUACCAGGAAAGAUACAUUGAGAUUUCUCUAGUUUUCAAGUAUGUCCUGGGUCCACAAAUCAUUGCAUUGUUACAUUAGAGUACAAUAAAAUACAAAAACAAUAUUAAUACACAAUAUAUACAACAUUUAACAUUUUUACAAGACCAGGUAGGAGAUGUAUAAUCAACCAUAACACGUGCAUUCUGUUUUGAGGUAUGUAGAGAGGGAUCUCUUAAAGGACUUUAGGCUUGGGUAAGCAUAUAACACUGUAGAUCUCUCCACAAGAUUUUGCAUGGUAGUAUUAUGAGGUGCACCAACAAGGCUUGGGAACCACCUUACUAAAUUAAGGCCAUAAUUGAUGGGUUGGAAUAUGUCUCUAAGAAUAGUUGGGAAUUUUAACAUCUCAGCUCCUACAAUUUCAACUGGCAUCUCCCUAUAACUUGGAUUUUUGUAGUGUAUCCCACAUAUGAAAUCAAGAUUGGCCUUUCCUUGUCAGAGAGUUAGAAAAGCAGAGAGAAACAUCCAAUAUAUUUAGGGUCAGGCAAAUGUUUAAUGUUGCACCAACACAUCAAUUAACACAAUUAUAGUUUUAAAUCUUUAUUAUCCUUGUAAACACUGAAUUGCACACAUGUGAGUUAGUCUAGGACUCCUAUAAAGAUCUAUAGUUUUUUUUUAAAUUAUUGUAUCGUAACAUCACUCUACAAGCAUUAGUUGUCAUGUCUGCUAGCACAGGGUAACUUUUGCAAGAACAAACCAUAUUGUUAACACGUUUUUUGAAGUUGUUAUAAAAGGGUAAUUAUUUUUUCUUUCUUUCUUUUCUGUAGAUGUAAAAGAGUAAUGUUUGUGGUGGUGACACUAUUAUUCUUGGUGUCUUCUCUCGUGACUAUUUUAUUGUCAUAUUAUUUACAUCUGUCAAUAAAUUAUCCAACAGGAGAAAGGUAUUUUGUUUACAACUCAGUUAUUUAUUAUGCUUAAAUAUGCUGUAAUUAUGGUCUUUACUGAUAAUUUACCGUAGAAAGAAAACAAAAAUGUGUGGCAAGACUUAUUUACCAUUAAUGUCUUUUUAUAUGCCAAGAUAAUAUGAAAGAUAUAAUAUCAUUUACAAACUGAUUCUUAAAAUUGACACUCACCAUUUGACCACAGCUCCAGGGAAACUCAUUAAGGAAACCCUAAACAAUCAAAUAACAGAAGACCUGAUUUUUUACAAUAUGAAAAAAAAAUCUCUAUCCCUAGGUUGAGUUUUAAGUAUGAUUAAGUUAUUAUCAGUGUCGGAACCAUAGCAAUGGGUGGGAAGGCACACAAAUAUUCUCCUGUAGCAAGUCAAGACGUUUUUGUUUUUUGAUAAAGAAAGAUAACAAUAUAUGUAUAUGGCAAAUAUAAGGAAUAGUUGAAGGGACGUGAAGAAAGUUGAGGCAAUUUGUAAUUUGUCUGUCCAUUUCAUGCACUUUACUAAUCCGAAAUCUAUACUUGUAUAUUAAUGUAAUAAUCCCACCAUUCUAGGAGGCUCAGCUCCCAGUGGGGGUCCAGGUAUAAUGGCAAACCGUUGCUAAACAGUUUUCCUCAUUACCGGGUAAUGCACCUAAGAUUUUCCUGGUAUAAUAACUAGUACAAUGGGCUGUAGUGGUUAUGAUGCUUAGAGGCACUCUUUAACCUCACUGUAACCCUAACUUUAUUGACCUUGUAGAACCUUACCGUCUGGCCCACUUCUGCACAUAGGUUCCAGAGGGAUCAUUUUAACAGAUCUCCGUGAGCCAAAAACUUUAGUAUGGUAUUGGGAUUAAUCAUAUUUGCUGACAACUGAUAUUUUGAGUAAUCAUGAAGUCAGAAACUAUACAACUGAAGAUGAAGUAAAAUAUAGCAAUGAUGUGAAGUAGGUCCUACUUCCUAAUGUUAUUCAGUAAGCUACUGUACUUAACAAUACAAUUGUCCAAAUUUCUCUCCCUAAGAAUACAUUGUUAUCCUCCAAACUUUGCUUAAACUUCUUUCUCUACUCAGUUUGGUCUUUGUUCCAUAGGAUUACCCUGAAAUAUCUGUUAUUGACCAAUAGUAAUUUUACUUGUAAUCAUUCGGUUGUGGACUAUCCAUUUUAACCAUAUUACACUCAUAUAAAAUUAGCAGUCUGAGGGCUAAUUUAACCUUUAGUAAAUACCAUACUCAAUGAUAUAUCACAGCAAUAUGGAAAUAGAUAUCAAUUCACCUGUCUCUUUGGAAUAGGUUGCUUGCCAUUUUUCGUGUUUUGUCUUGUGCGACAUGAGACAUUCGGCCUGCCAGUGAAUGCCAAGUCACCUAUCUCUCCCCUCCUUUUAGUAUUUUUCAUUUGUAUUUGCUUUUCUAUUCUGUUAGGGCUUCUGUUUUUUUUGAGUGAAUGAUUUCUGAUACCUUAUGUUGUGUUUUCUUGCAUUUUAAAUUGAAUGUAUUUCUCUAUGCUCUUUCUGAGUAUGUUCUAAAUAAAGAUAUUUUUUUUUAAAUAAAAUGAAAAAAAUUUAAUAAAUCAGGGUAUAUUCUUUUGCAGUCACACUCGUCUGAACUACUGGGUGGAGUAUUAUACUAAACCGUACUGUCGAUAUGGUCCAUUUUUGGUCGGUAUAACUUUAGCUAUUUUGAUGUCUAGAAAAGACUCUAGUUGCAUCAAGAACAAAGUAAGUGUCCAAAAAUAAUUUCUAGAUAAGGCAAAAUGUGUAUAUAUAAAAAUAAUGAAAAAUACAACUGAAAUAUCAUUGAUCAUUAACAAAGUAAUUUUGAAUAUGGAACAACAUUCCAUUGAAAGAGUUUUGUUCAUAGACAUUUUCAUCCCUACAUUUAGCUCUUACACAUGACCUCAAAGAGUCCCUGAGGAGUUAAGGGAUACCCUUUCAAAUGUAUUGUUUACAUAAUGAAUUUAAAUAUGCAAUCACAGUACAUUAAAGUAAUUAAAAAGGCACUUACUGUUAAAGCCAUGCAUUUACUGAAAAUUCCAUUGGCUUUGCAACUUCGACAAUGAGCCCUCACUAAAUCAAGAAGUAGCUCAGACAAUUAGAAUGUUACCCUAAGAGUAUAUAUCAUAAAAUACAGUAUAAAUACGUGUAGUCUAAAUAACCUGUUUUGUGAAUAAUAAGCUGGAAUGUCCCUCUAACUUCAUUCAUUGUCUUUGCUAAUAUUUAAAUCUAUAACUGCAUAAUAUGAAGGACAACUGAUAUAUGUUGACACAUUAUUGAAUAUGUUCAUAUUUAUCUACAAAUAUAUUUGUAACAGCUGUAUGCAUUCUUACUUUAAUUUGAAGAAAUAAAUCUGUAAUCACACGGUGGAAGUGGAAAAGACGAUACACUUGGAUCCCUGUCUAUUUCUUUCAUAUCACUCCACUUGUUAUUCUCUUCUUUCAUGUUCCUCCUGGUAAAUAUAAAACUGUGCCAUUGCACAUUAUGGAUUACUAUUAUAUCUGCUCUGUACAUACAGUGGUUCACUAAACCAAGAGCUAUGAGAAAAAAAAGAAAACAACUGAAACAAAUGUAUAAUAAAUUAUUGUAUCUGUCCAAGUGCAUACAAGCCUACAGUUUUACAGGACAUAUCAUCUAUUUACCAAUAGCACCAACAGAAAAAUCAUACUGCCAUGCUGCAUGGUGGCAUAGACGAUCAGCUCCUGCAGAUUCUAAUCAAUGCUGAAAUCAAGAGAUUAACCUGUGUAAACACAGCCUAGAAGCUGCAGUCCUGUCUGCCCAGAGGUGCUGGUACCAAAGCCACACUUUCUCCACAAAUUAUGGCCCCUUAAUUAUGGAAGCUGAGGCCUACUCAGUUGGUGAGUGGGGUGUACGGCCGCUGCCCUGCCUGGUGGUCACAAGCUGAACCUUUGGCGCUAUGUGGUACUGGCCUCGUUCGCCCCCUUUGGACCGGUGGGGGUGAUCCCGGUCCUCGCCUUUGGGGGCCCUUCUGCAACUAAGAGUUCUGCUGAGUUGUUCUGCUGAGUGGAAUGGGACUCCUCUCUCUAAAAUGGCAGUCGCUUCGAGUCCCACUGACAGCAGCAGAGACCGUGCUGUGGUUACCCUUACACUAGAUCAGAUCUUCGAAGACUUCUGGGAUAACCAUAACAGCCUGCAAAUACCGAUCAAGCAAGAGAGGAGUGACCACCCACCACUGUAUUCACCAUUCAGGAUCCAGCAGGACGCGCUGACUCUGACCGACGGAGGGGCGUGCCGUGCUGUGAAAUAG